AAAACAUGGAACAGUUGCAUAAGCGAUAGUGCAUUGUGUUCGAACGUAUAUAAAACUGAUGAACGAUAUCAGAACGAUGGUCAGUAUACGUUGGCAACUCCUAAGGAUGUCUACAAAAAUAGGAAUAACGGAAGCAACGCUGUGCCUGCUGGUGUUGUUGCUGUUUCAGAAUUUCACAAAAUCUGCCACCUGGCACAGUAGGUUGAGUAAAAUUAAACCAGUCCAAUAUUCGGAGAAUCAAUGGGACAUAAAAGAUUUACAAAAACUACGAAACAAGCGACAAGUGGAGAACGGAAAUACAAAAAUGGAAUAUGAUUUUGAGGUUAGUGAGGAAGGUCUAGAACCACCGAAAAAUAUUCAAGAAAUUUUGAGCAAGAAGUCAUCCAAGAAUCAGAAAUACCUUCAGGACACAAUGUCAAAAUUACUUUCAAAAACUACAAACGCGUCAAGGCAGAAUACAGAAUCGAAAAUUCUUCAGGACCUUAGUAACUCCAAGAAAAUAGAUAAUCGUCAGGACUAUGAUUCAUAUCCAGACCAAUUCUUGCAAAAGAUUUUCAAAGAUGUUACGAAUAUUCAAAACGAACGUGAGGACAACUAUAAGGAUGUUCAAGUAGAUCCUGAAAAGUUCCUUUGGGAUAAGAAUAAGAGUGUGAGCCCGAUUAUAGAAAGUGUUGAUAAAACUGCGAGAAAUACAACGCUAUUAAAGUUUGCAAGGUCGCAAAACAAGACUAGCUCGGUUGACGAGGAAACUUUUAAUAAAACGUUAGCCGGGUCUUCGUCUACAUCGUCAUCUGGGAGUCGAGUACAAGAGGAGAAGCAUGAUGAUUCGGAGAAGACUCAAUCUCUAGAAACGAAUGACGUGUACGCUCCUGGCGGAAUCACUGAAAUUCAUCUAGUGAAUUCGCUCAGGGCGAAAGGUCUUUCUGUAAAGUUUCAGGCAUAUUUAAACAAUAGUCUAACAAAACGCUACGCUUGGAUGAAGAAUAUAGAGAAGCGGAUAAGUAUCCUGGAGAAUGACUUCCGUCACAUCUUUAGGUGGCGUGACAAAAUGAGUUCGAUGAAAAAUCAGCAGGAAUCUCGGAAAAGGACUGGCAAAGUGUCUAAAACUUGUAGGAGCGUGAAAUGCUGUUUGGGAACAAGUAGAAGCAAUCCAGUAAGACCUGGUAGAGAAGCUCAAAAGGUUCUUGGAGAAUCCUGGAGGUUGGGAAAACAAGAACCCGGAGAAGAGGAGGAACUCGAUGGUCACUUUACUUCGGCCAGCCAAGUCAAGUUCUCUGAACUUCCUAAGAAUUCCACUGAGGUCUCUAGGUACCAUGAAGUAUCCAGUAAGGACGACUACUGGGACAAUCGAGCUGGACGUCCUGCAGCUUCGAGCACUGUCCAGGAUUACAGAACGAUGAGAGAACUUACCGAAGGAAGAGAGCAUGUCAUGAGCUCAAAGAAUUCUCGUGGGUAUCAAAGUAAAAUGGCAGGAAAGGGUAGAAGAAACACUAACAAACGUAACAAUGUCAAGGAGUUACCUGGGUACGUGACCCGGGAUCCUGAAGAGGAUGACUACUCUCACAUCGGUAGAAGAAGGAUUCUGGCUAGAGUUGGGCAGGGCUCUGAUAAGCAUCCUAGAGAACUUCCGGCUGAGGAGAAACGCACUAGAGGUCAGAUUGGUCGAACCGAGUCUUGGCCAAAAUACGUUACUAAACUCAGAACGUUGGCUCUACCAGAAAGUUUAUUCACCAAUCAAAGAAGCUUUUCGAAAAGAUUUCAAGUUCCGAUUAGAGAACCUAGAAUAAAUUAUAUUUUAGAUCCUCCAGUUCAUAAAAAUAUUCAACGUUCAGUCUAUAACAGAGAUGAUAAUAAAAGUCAAAAAAGAAUUACUCGUCAGAGAAGUCAUUCUAGAGACAUUGAAAAUAAUUCAAAAAUUAUGGAAACUCAAAUUCCAAAACCAAGAGGAGGUUUCAAUCUUGGAAGAAUCUAUAGUAAUUCAUCCAAGACACCAUUGAACAGAACACGUUAUACAAUUACAGGAAGAAACGCAUCCAGCGAUACAUACCUAGGAGAUAAUGUGAAACCUGUGGUAAUAUCUUCUUCCCAAAUUCCUAGUGGAAGAUCAACAAUGGCGACUAUUUCCAAAAUUCAUGAAUCCAUUGUUCCUAGUUCAUAUAGUGAACUAAGUGGACCUGCAGCAGACUGGAGAUGGACCCUCAGGGAGAAUACACCAUCCUGGAGGAUGUUUAUCGCUGGACAGGAGUCAAGAUCCGCGAUUACUCAACCAUCCACUGGAAGUCUGCUGGCGCCACUAGUUGAGGAUCAUCAGGAAUCCCAGACACAGGAAAGUCGAGUCCAGGAGUCUUGGAAUCCUAUUCUAUCAGGACCUUUGGAUUAUUACACACAAGGUCAGCGAGAUCCAAACGAGUUCUAUAACUCUUUUUCAUCCUGGGAAAAUCAGUCAAGAUCUGCUCCUGAUUUCAGGCUAAAUGAACCAGUAACAAUCGCCCAGGAUAACGCUGUUCCCGCCAUCCUUCGUGGGGGACUGAACGUAUAUAAUGAUUAUCCGUCUUACAGGAUCAGAUAUCCAGAGAACCUUCCUGGAAUAUAUAUCCAGGAUAUUCUUCAUCAACGACUAGAACCACCUGGUGAAAAUCCUUUGCGGAUUUCUUACAAAGUUCCUAAGGAAGACAUCCUUAAACAAUUUUUUAAAAAUGUAGAAACCAAUCAACGUAUCAAUUUCGUUUUAGAAGACCAUGGCCAGGAAGAAUUUUUCAACGAGAAUAAUUUACAGGACCAAGUUCCUCUUUCGAAAACGGCAUCUGUAUCUGUAAAAGAUGAAGAGUAUUUAGAAAAUUUAAAUUCUGAUCUACAUGCAGAGUCAGAAAAUUCUAUUAUUCGAAAUUCACCUAAAAUCAUACUGAGGUAUUCUAUUCCAGGAUCAUACCAGGAUCAGAAUAAAGAAAAAUAUCUUUCAAGAUCAAAAAGGUCAGUUCAAAUGGUUGAUUAUCUAAGAGCGGCUAAAGAAUAUCAAGAUAAACUUCACGAAGUUCAAAAUGCAGCCUUGAGAACCUGGUUAACUACUCAGAAUGAAUUUGGCAACAAAAGUAUUUCAAAUAUUAAACUUUUUAGUAGUGUAACGUCACCAAGUACAGAAACAAAUGACGGGUCAUUAAAGACAUUAUCAACUGAACAUAACGAAUCGAAUUCAAAAAUGAACGAAAUACUUUACCGUUUGCUAAACGGUCAGCCAAUUCCUCAAGAAAGUUUAAGAACUGAUUACACAAUGGUUAAUGACAAUCCUAAUUACGCCAUAAUAAAAACAAAAAAUUCAAACAUUCGAAUCGAACCAUUCAACGAAUCGAGUGAAGAAUCGAAUACUAAUAAAUUUAAGGAAAAUACAUUGAAUAUAAGUGGAACAGAAUUACGUACAGCAUUAAUGUUGACAACAUUAGAGGAAGAUUUUGAACACAUGUAUGAGAGUAUCGAAUCCGAAGAUGGCGACAUUGAUUACGCAGAUCCAAAUUCGACAAUUAAUCGUUUCGAAGAUAUAGACUACAUAGACGGAUCGAACGUUGACGUAGUGACGGUAAAACCAUCGUUGUCUGAUUUUAUGUUAAUUGGUACAAGAGACAGAACAAUUAACGAUGAAAAUAAAGAAACAAAUUUAAAAAUCAAUAAUGGCGCGAACGAAUAGACCGGUUGAUCCAUUAAAUUCAAAUAAAAAAUCGGUAUGAGAAGCACCAAGUAUUUAGACGAGCUAUCGAAUUAAUAUCACUGUAAAUUACGGAUUUUUUAAUAUAAUUGACAAAGAUACCAAUGACAAUGACAGAAGAAAUGAAAUGUAGAAAUAAAAAUUAGUCGAGAGGCGGCAGAAACAGUAACAAACUGGCCUGUAAGACCCUCGGCAGUUACCGAGCAGGAACGAAACGAGUGGGAAGCUAAUGGCAACUUCAGUGAGGAGGACGUCGUAUAACGAGAUUUUAAAAAGCGUUACAAAUCACACUACGAAUGUUCACAUUGACGCAAAGGAUCGACCACUGUGGAGAAGCCAAAGGAGGCACAUCUGGCGAUAAAAAUAUCCGUGAGUACGUACCUAACCCCUAACCUAACCUAACUUAAUUUAACCCCGAGGCUCCUACGAAAGUAACGAGUAUAAAAUUAAAUUGCAAUGAGACCUUACGCCUUGGCUGACAAUUAAAUCUGAUAAGGACGUCCCGUAAUAUAAUGCUCGUAAACCUUCGGUUAUCUUCGGCUGAUAUCGGUAUACGGUCGUCCCGCUUGACAAAUAUGGCGAAAAUUGUAUUACACCGCUAUCAUAGACAACACGUUCUUAUACGUACGUGAAGGAAAUUAAAUUAAUAAGAUAGACGUAUAUUAAUUAUAAUUAAAUAUGACAUAAUUAAAUACCUGUUACUUUUCUACUUAACAUUUAUCUGUGACAAUAUUGAAUAACGUACAGAAGCGUGUAUAUAAAUUUUUGCGAGAGGCAUGCAAAAAGGAUUUUAAAAAAUAUGAAAAAAAAGUGAGUGUACAAACGUAUGGAAAAGAAGAAACGUUACGUGUGUAUAUAAUAAUUCGAAAGACAUACGAUUCGAGAGGAUAUGGAUAGAGAAGAAAUAAUUGUUUGUCUCGUUGGUUAUGCGAGGAUCGUGCGAUAGAGACGUGGCGACGUUGUUGGAGUCGGGAGUUUCAACGCUUGUGUGUUUCGCUUGGCUGAGAGGGAAAAAAAAAUAAUAAAAACGCAAAAGUUUGCCGCGAGUCGAUGUAACAGGUGGUUAACUGCUAUAAAGCGGCGCCGGGUUGAAAGGGCGCCGGAUGGAGACUUCGCUUGGCGAAAUCUGGGCCGCGUAGGUAUGUACACGUAAAUGGUUAUAUACCCAGCGUCGCGACGCUGUCAAAUAGUAUUUCGUCUACCGUACGUUUACGUAAACGAUUUUGAAUUGGCGUGCAAUAUGGAUCACGAUAAGAAUAACUGUCUGACGAAAUUUGAUUAAAAUAAAAAUUUAAGUAUACAAAUCUAUGUAUAUUUUAUCUAGCUUAUAAUUAACUAGGACGAAUAAUAA